AAACCGAAUCGUAUCUUUGAGCAAAUCUCGUUUUAGAAGUGGUUAACAUAAAAUAAGUUCACUUAGUCGAUAGUAAACAUUAUAAUAACUUCUAAACGUUCCAACGAAAUGUAGCUAAUGUUAGCCAAGAUGCUUCACAAACGUAAUUGUGUGUAUUUAAAAUGUCGUAUACUCAUAGAUUGGCAUGUAUACUACCGUUCAACAGUUUUAGACCACCUAAUUCGUGACAUUCCAUGAAGAUGGCGUCCAACAUCUCACCGGUUCUCUUCGUGGAUAUGGGGGGCAACCCUAUGAGUUUUUAUUUGCGACCAGGCCCCACCAAAAAGGAGCUCCAGCCCCUCAUCAAAGCUGGGGGAGGAAUAGCAUGCAAUAUCCUGGUGCCAGGAUCCAUUUUGUUGAUUGACCCCAAGGAUCAAGGCACCAUUAGUCCGCGUGUACUCCACCGGUAUGUGUCCAUCAAGUACGUCCACGAUUGUAUGAAGAAAGGCCAGCAGCUGAACAUCGAAGACUACAGACUGAAUCCUGAAAAUGUCUCGCAAGGCUCUGCUUCAAGGUCAAAUGAAACCAACAGAAGGUCUGCCGCAGCUUCAGGAGGCAGGCUGGGGUACUCCGCGGACGAGGACGCCGCCAUUCUGAGCUACGUGAGCCAGCGAAAAUCUGAAGUUAAAGGAAACAGCCUUUGGAAGCAGAUGGAAAAGGAGGAAGUGACCAAUCACACUUGGCAGUCGAUGAAAUCCCGUUACCAACAGAAAUUGAGUAGUAAGCAAUCAGAAGCUGAGGAGGUGGAAACACCUGGAGAGGUCACCAAGGGCGAUGGCGAAGCCGAAGGGACAGGAAAUUCUCCCGGUGAAGUAGAUGACGACCCCCCACUUCCUCAAAUGCACGCUGACCCAGAAAACCCUCGGGAGAUUCCCUCCAGUGACGAUCUAACUCAGGUAUUGGCCUCAAAGAUUGAAGACCUACAUAAUGAAUAUAAACAACUCAGUGCUGAAGAAUCUCCCCAGCAAGAAGAGGAGAAACCACCAGCACACAAAUGUGUGCAAGCAACUACCGGUACUGCAGAAAAAGAAAAGCGAGACUCCUCGCAGACCAAGGAGAUUAUUGAUCCAGAAGAUGAUCAGUCGCAAGAAUUUUUGCAAACUGUAAAUUAUUCGGACGACACAGAACCAAGCCAGUCCAAGCCUCAAAGCGACACCCUCUAUUUGACAGAUACAGACGAAGAAGAUGGACAACUGCACUUGCCUAUGCGCAGAGCACGCUGCAGAAGGUUGGAGCUGGAGGCUGAACCCUACAAUAAAAAGUUCCAAUCAUCAUCAUCAUCCGCAGCAUUGGCACCCUCUCCUCUCACCCCGUCACCCCGUCGAACCAGGUCAGCCACAUCCACUUCUCAGAAAGACACAGUAGAGGAGCCUCCUACUAAAAAAGCAAAAGAGAUUGCAGAAGCAGCAGAAAGUCAAAAAAAGGAGGAAGAUCAUCUUAUCCACGAGGAGUGUAAAUCCGUGCAAGAAAAGAAGAAAGAGAAAGUUCUGGGGAUUCUUGCUAAGGCAGCAAGAGAGUUUGAAUCCAGUGACAGUGAGUCUACUGAAGAACAUUUCCACACGGCCAGUGAACAGCCUUACGUACUGACCGCCAUUGCUGCGAGCAUAGCUGCAAGCGCUGUUACCGAUCAGUCUGACCCUGACCUCUUCGAGCAAGGUCCUAGCGCUCAGGAGACUUCACGAGAGGCUGAGCCAGCUCUUGAGCCGAUCUGUGCCGAAGCCGCUACCGUGGCGUCCAAAGCUCACACCUUCAUUCUUGAAGGUGUGUCUCACGAAGAAGACGCGGCUCGACCCGACCCGAUAGAGGAAGAGGCAGAGUCCCUCAGUCAGGCCCACUUAGAGGAGGACAAGCAGCGAAUCACAGAGCUGAUGAAUCUCACAAACAAGGACUUGAUGGCUGUCACCUUAGCUUUGUUAAAAACAAGCGGCGACUUCUUGGCGGCCUCCCGUCUGCUUUUGGACCCCUCAUCCAUCUCCGGACCUUUUUGGGAUCCUCGUGACGACAGCCUCCUGCUCUCAGAGGACCCCGCCGCCCAUCAGCAGCUGCAAAAAAAGUACAGUGACGUGGACUUGGCCAAACGAAUGUUGUUUCUUGAGUUACGGCGGUGAGACUGUUUACUAACCUGUUUGUUCGUCAUUGUUGCUCUUUUAUAUUGAAUAGUGUUUUCAUUUAAAACUUUAGCAUUGUUCUGCCUACAAUAUUUUAGAAAUUGUUUUAUCUAUAUGAAUGCUGAGAGAUGACAAAUAAAAAUACAUAAUCUGAAGACAAACACUGGUUGAUGCAUAGCGUCACAGCAAUCCUUAGCUACAGUGUAAAUAUGCUAUGACAUCGGCUUUUUUUUGUCCGUGCCUUUAGUAGACCAAAUUCACACAGUUUUUGAGGCAGAAAAACAAACCUACAGAAGCCUUUUUAAAUUUUUAGCAUUCAUACAAUCAAACAAGACAGAGAAAGGAUGUUUUUUUUAAAUUCACUGUUUAUUUCAGGUUACCCCGACUUUGAAUACAUUCAUAACUUUUUUCCCCCAUACCAACAUGGAUAUGUUGCGUCAAUACAUUUGACGAAAACACAUAAGCCAAAGUAAAAGCAGAAAGUAAAAAAAAAAUGGAUAGACCUGUUAUGUAAAAAGAACACAGCUAAGCCUACACAAGGCCAUUAAUGUUUUUUUAGCCCCUCAUUAAUGAGAUUAUGAGCUACACCGCGUAUAGACAACUCUCAGUUUCUGCACUCAUUUGAAAAACUCUUUAGUACAAAAAAACUUUUUUUUUUUAGUAUGAAACAUUCACACACACCCUUACAGAAGUAGCAGAAGCGGUUUAGUCACCACAUACUGUACAGUUUUUAUCCCUGCAUUUCAAAUAGCACAGCUUUUAUGUGAACAAAAAGGUUUUUAAUUUAGCAUCAAAAUAAAAUGCAUCCAUGUACUUGUACAUGCAUGCGAUAUGUUUGUGAUGUAUAUGUACUGCGAGUGGCGCUCACUCUUGUCCAACAUAAUCCACAGUAAUCAAGAUUAAAAUGUGUCAAAUUAUGGCAACAUAACACAAGAUUAAAUAUUUUGUUGCAAAUCUGUGAUUAGUUUUAAUGAAAACAGCAUUUUUCUGCAAAAAAGCUCAUUUUUUGCCUAUACAAACAAGCUGAAAUGAACAUUCUACUUAAUGGAAAGUAGUCCAUACAUACUUGAGAAGACAAACCUGCCCCCAUGUGUCCUAUCGGUUCUGACACUAAGCUAGCAGCAUUAGCACUGGAAAAACAAAACAUGACGUUUAUCAACAAAAAGGCCUCUAGGGUGUGCAACCACAUGUUUUCAGCCCUCAAUGUACACAUGAAGCAGGAUGUCAUUGCAUGAUAUGCAAAAAAAAUUUAAAACACCAAGGCAAUUUGGAUGGGGGA